AAACAAAAAAAGGCGUUUGCAAUGUUGCCUUCAGAUUCUUCCUCCAGCGAAAACCCUAACCCUAGUCCCCUCGGUCUCUCCUACUCUCCAGAUUUCAGUCAAAGCGAAAUGGAUUCGAUAAUCUCCUCCUUGCUUACGUUUCCGGAUUCUUCAUCUCUGUCCAUCAGCUCCUCCUUCGAUCGAGUACUUGAUACUCUUCUCUCUUCUGGUGAUGACACCGUUCAGGAUCAAGUCAUCGAUCGUACUCUCGAACGCUUCUCGCUUCUUCUCGAAUCCACCAAACGUCGCUCCCGGAAAAGAGCCACACUCCACAAUUCCAUCUCCUGGUUCCUCCCUUCCGACCUCACCAUCAAGGUGUUUUCGAUGCUUGAUACAAAGUCCCUAAUGCAAGUUUCUGCAUGCUGCACAAUGCUCAACAAGUGUGCCAUGGACCCUUUAUGUUACUCUCAUAUUGACUUGACAACAGCAUUUCAACAUGCUGAUGACCGAGUUUUGCGUACUUUGAUCAGUCGUUCUGGAAAACAACUCAGAUCCCUUAAACUUGGUCGUCGUGAUGCUCCCGUAUACGUUCCAUCUUUGUUUACAAACUCUUGUCUUGCUCCACUACAAUUUACUGGGAAUCUUUUGAGAAGCCUACACAUCUACUAUAUCGGAUUCAUGUACAUUGAUUCCUUAUUGGCUCCAUUGUCAGCCUGCUCCAAUCUAACCGAUUUGAAGAUUGUUGGAGUGGUUUUGGGACAUAGAUGCAACGACAGUCCUCUCGAGACACUAAUACUGCGUAAUUGUUUUUCUCUCCAAGAGAGCGAAGUAUUGAAGUUUUUGAAUUCACUAAUCGCGGGGAACUUCAUAUCCAUUCAAUACAUUGAUGUAUCAAGCAGCAAAGGUUUAGCUUGUGAUGGUGAAAGAAGAACUUCCAAACCAAACCUUCCUUUGGAGAAGCUGAAAGAAGAAAGAUCAGAUGUCACAUUUGUUGCGGAAUUUCCCUCAGAAACAAAAAGCAAAAACCCUAACCCUAGUCCCCUCGGUCUCUCCGACUCUUCAGAUUUCAGUCAAAGCCAAAUGGAUUCGAUAAUCUCCUCCUUGCUUACGUUUCCGGAUUCUCCAUCUCUGUCCAUCAGCUCCUCCUUCGAUCGAGUACUUGAUACUCUCCUCUCUUCUGGUGAUGACACCGUUCAAGAUCAAGUCAUCGAUCGUACUCUCGAACGCUUCUCGCUUCUUCUCGAAUCCACCAAACGUCGCUCCCGGAAAAGAGCCACACUCCACAAUUCCAUCUCCUGGUUCCUCCCUUCUGACCUCACCACUAAGGUGUUUUCGAUGCUUGAUACAAAGUCCCUAAUGCAAGUUUCUGCAUGCUGCACAAUGCUCAACAAGUGUGCCAUGGACCCUUUAUGUUACUCUCAUAUUGACUUGACAACAUCAUUUAAACAUGCUGAUGACCGAGUUUUGCAUACUUUGAUCAAUCGUUCUGGAAAACAACUCAGAUCCCUUAAACUUGGUCGUCGUGAUGCUCCCGGAUACGUUCCAUCUUUGUUUACAAACUCUUGUCUUGCUCCACUACAAUUUACUGGGAAUCUUUUGAGAAGCCUACACAUCUACUAUAUCGGAUUCAUGUACAUUGAUUCCUUAUUGGCUCCAUUGUCAGCCUGCUCCAAUCUAACCGAUUUGAAGAUUGUUGGAGUGUAAGUUAGAGUGCCUACCUUUUUCUUACUAUACUUCUUGUAUAUUUGAAUUGCAUGAACUCUCCAUUUUUUAUUUUUUUUGCCUUUCAUUUUCUUAUAAUAGAGAUGCAUCUCCUAUCGAAUUCUUUGGGAACAAUUACACUUUUUUUUCUUUGUCAGGAAUGUUUUUUUAGAGCCGAUAAUAGAGUUACUUGCGAGAA